AUGGCAGAAGACAAACAAAUCGAGAAGAAGAAGGAUGACGUCGACGUCCAGUCUCAGAUUCAAACCGCCAUUCACUCUCGCGUCUCUCACUUCAAGCAACAAGCCGAUUCUUUGACAUACGAAGGUGUUCGUAGAUUGCUAGAGAAAGAUUUAGCUUUCGAGGAGUUUUCUUUGGAUGCUCACAAAAGAUUUAUCAAGCAGUGUUUGGAAAAGUGUUUAGAAGAGGCUGGUGAUGAUGAUGAUGCAGCAAAGGUGUCGGGGGAGGAAGGAGAGAAAGGUGAAAGUACGCAAGAAGAGAUGGAAGGACUAAAGGAGGAAAUUCAAUCUAAAGAUGAAAAGGAUGUUCUUGAAGAUGCGGAGAAAAUGGAAGAUUCUCCGGUAUUAGGUCUGCUUAAAGAACAAAAGAGAGUUAAGCAAGAAACCAAGAAAGAAGACGGCAAUGGAAAAAAAGUAGUUCCUAAUGAGGCUCUAAUUAAGAAAGCUAUUAGAAAAAGAUCUUCAUACCUCAAGGAUAAUGCAGAGAAAGUUACUAUGGGUGGUCUUCGCAGGCUUUUGGAGGAAGAUCUUAAACUUGAUGAAUUUACUCUGGAUCCCUUUAAGAAGUUUAUAAGGCAGCAGCUUGACGAGGUAUUAUCGUCUUCUGAAGUUGUGGAACCUGUUAAAAGUGCCAAGAAAGUUGUUAAGAAGAAACCUAAUUCCAAAGCUACAAAAAAGGUCAGUACUGAAGGGAACUCUGAUAAUUCAGAUGAAAUGAGUGAAGAGGAUGAGGAAGAUGAAGUCAAACCUAGAAAAAAAAGUGUUACAAAAGGGAAGACGCAGACUCCUGUUGGACCCAAAAAGCGUAAAGGAGAUGAGUCCAGUCUUCCCAGCAAGAAAAAGGCCAAGCCUGCUAAAUCAGUCUCAGAAGUCAAUAGCGAUGCAGAAGAUGAUGGAAAAAACUCCGAAGAUGAUGGAAAAAACUCCGAAGAUGAUCAGUCCCGUUCAUCAGCAGAGAAUACUACCAAGAAGAAACAAGUUGCAGCUCCUGUGUACAGUAAACGCGUGGAGCACUUGAAAUCUGUUAUUAAAGCAUGUGGGAUGAGCGUUCCCCCCGUUAUUUAUAAAAAAGUCAAGCAGGUGCCCGAAGACAAACGGGAAGGACAACUAAUUAAAGAAUUGGAAGAAAUACUGUCUAGAGAAGGCUUGUCUUCAAAUCCAUCUGAAAAGGAAAUCAAAGAAGUGAGUAGGAAGAAGGCGAGAGCCAAGGAGCUUGAGGGUAUUGAUAUGAGUAAUAUUGUGUCGAGUACACGUAGACGGGCAACAAUUAGUUUUGCGCCUCCUCCACCACCACCAAAGCCCAAGACACCAGUUGAAUCUAGUGGCAAAGAUAAAAAAGUUAGUGAUGAUGACAAUGAUGAUGAAGGCAAGGAUAAUGAAGAGGGUGAGGAAGGUGAAGAAGAAGAAGAUGAAGAAGAGGAAGAAGAGGAGGAUAGCAGUGACGAUGGAAGUGAGAGUGAAGACUUUGAUGCCGAUGAAGAGGACAGUGACUAA